AUGGUCCCAGUCCCCGCGGGGAGAAGCAUCGUCAGUUGCCCAUCUGAGCUACAUGGACGAGAAGGGCAAGAUCGACCUGCUUCCACCACGCAGGGGAGAUUCGCUCAGGAGCUUGUCUCGGCUGUCCAACAAAGUGUAUUUUCAGAUAUGGCAGUUAUCGCUUCCUUCUUGGGCAAGGAGAUCCACCAGAUGUGGGCAAUAUUAGCUGUGGCUGCCAGCCAGCUGCACGGCCACGGCGGGCCCCUCCCCCUUGCUGCUAUGGUCCAGUGGGUAUAUUUCCUCCAGGUUCGGGGUACACAGCUCUCCAGAAGGACGGUGGUCUCGCUGACGCACCUCGAAAAGGAGGGUGAGAGGCGUGUGUCAUUUGACAUAUGCGUGCUGGCGUCCUAUGAUGUCGUCUUCGAAGCGAUCCGGUCGCUCCAACCGGAGAAGCCUGUACUCGGUACGAAGGACAGAGGCCUGCCUGCAUCUGCAGGCAGCUGGAUCUUGUCGGGCAAACGGCGGUCUACAGAGCAAAUCAGGCCGCCACAACCCCGCAUCCGCGUGAAGAGCAAGUCCAAGAUCACCGGAGAGCUCGAGGACGGACGGAGAGAUCUGCGUGAUGGAUCUGGAGGGACGGAGAAAUGA